AUGUGGUUUCGCAAACGCAACAACGAUAUUGAAAUGUCGGGCAUGGUGGAGCGAAAGCAGAAGAAAAAGCAUGCAGUGAUUGAGGAUACAGAUUACCGACCCGUCGACUGGAAAAAGGUGUUUCUGUCACCAAAGUACAUACGUAUGACGAUUCCAGCCCAGACUUCCCUCUUCUUCCUCUUCUCCCUCUCGAACACCACGACUGACUCGUGUUUUGCAGCAUGGCAUAUCCUCUUCAUCUUGAUUGCUAUCGCAACAAUAUUGAUCACAAUAUGGCACGAUGAUGUCGUCGAGAAAUUACGGCCCUUUUCGGAGAAAGUCCGCGACUUGCCAGCAGGCUGGAUCAUCCCCGUCGUCAUUCUCAUCAUUAUUUCUUUCCCUCCCCUCUUUGGCCACGAGGUCGUCGCAUUGCUAUGCGGUAUCGUCUAUGGGCUGUGGAUCGGUUUUGCCAUUGUCGCUGCCGGCACUUUUCUCGGCGAGAUUGGAACAUGGUUCGCGUUCAAAUACCUAUUCCGCACCAAGGCGUACAAAAUGGAGCGCAGCAAUCUCAACUACGGAGCCAUGGCGCGUCUGACGCGUGACGGGGGUUUCGUCAUCGUCCUCAUCAUCCGCCUCAGCGCCAUCCCAGCCCAUUUCUCCACUGCCGUCUUCUCCACCUGCGACGUCAAGUUUUGGCACUUUGCCGUGGCCACGAUUGCCUCGCUGCCCAAGCAAAUCUUCCUCGUCUACCUCGGCGUCCUGCUCGUGCAGGAGAGCGACGACAGUGUUGUCAAGACGGUCAUGUUUGUCCUCGUCUUCGUCAUCACCGUCCUCAUGGGCAUCUGGAUCUACAUGAAGAUGCGCAAGAUCAAGAAGAUACUCGUCGAGGAGCAGGAGCUUCGUCGCCUCAAAAAGGCAGAGGCCGUUGAGCUUGUGCCCAAUGUGAAGAGCGCGUUUGAGCGCCCGUAUGUCGAGGAGCUGCAGAGGGAGGAAUCGAGGCCGUAUGAGGAGGGGCCCAGUGCUUUCAGCGAGCGCAGGUAUUAUGCAGCGCCCAGUGCGAAGCCGAGCCGGUUUGACGAGGAGCCUGGGGAGUGGACUUUGGCGCCGACGCAGCCGGCGAAGAUGAUAUAG